ACAGCGCCCAGCCCACAGUACCAUUUUUAUACCUAACAAAGUGAUUCCUUGGUACACUUAAUACCUAGGCAAAAUCAAAUUGUCCUGAAGGUCAUGAAUGUCCUUGGACAGUAAUUUGGUUCUAAUCCAGGAUCUAUAUGAAGCCCACCACCAGUUGCAUCUGGUUGUUGUGUCUCUUUAGUCUCUCAAUCUGGAGCAAGCUCCCCUCCCUUCCUCAUUUCCCCAUGUUAUUUAUUUAUUGUAAAAACUGGGUCAGUUGUGCUGUAGAAUAUUCUGCCAUCUGGAUUUGUUUGUUUCUUCCUGUGGUGUCAUUUAACUUGUUUUACCAUACCCUAAACAGAACCCUUUUCCUCUGUUUUGAGCGGAAGUCUGAGAGGCUAAACUUAAUGGCUGUGUUAACAUAUGUCACGUGUAGCACAGUGGAGAAAGCAGGAUAUGGCUCAUAAUUACAGUGGUGAAGACCUAAGAAUGAAGUUGCUAGUUAUCACCUACAUUAGGGUUUGACAUAGGUCUAUGUUAUGGGUCGCUGCAUCUGCUGGAACUCACAGACUUUACUAUAGAGAAUCAAAGAUCCCAUAUCCGAAGUCUAUGAAAAUGCUCAUGGUGGUAAAUUCCAACAGAAUGAAACACCAAACUUGCUUCAAGUAACUCACGUUUCAACUUGAAAGAGACAUUAUCAAAGUUGGAGACCCCCAGGUUCCUGUCUGUUCCAAAUCUUUGCAUGAUGACAGUGGUUUCUCUGAUGUGGUAAGCUUUGGCUUUCCUCUAUUUUCUUUCUAAAAGAUCACUGGAGUAGAGAGGAGUUAAACAGACAUGACCUAUGACCUCUUGCAUGACCUCCACAGAUAGCAAACCGGGCCGACAUGGUUGACGAUGUCCUUUUCUACAGUGAAGUUAAUGAAAGUUCUGAAAAUAAUGAUUACUUUCUGACAUUGAUAGGAUUUAGGAAACCUUUGUAUAAAUAGCUUGAGCAUGGCUGUUUAUGUUUUUGCUAUAGACAAAAAGCAGCAGCGUGUACAUUGUAUUUGGACACAAGCCUGCCUCCGUUAAUAUAUUGAACUAUUGGACCACUAGGGUUAGUCGGGAGCAGUCUGUACACUUUCUGAUUCAGCAUUAACAUUCUAGUUGGACUCUGUAGCUUUCAGUUUUGUAAAGUUACCAGCAAAACAUCGGGAGGUAUAAUGGGGUUUGGCCAUCGUAUGUGAGCUUUGUGUUUCAAUGCCAGUUACUCAGGACUAGUAAAUUAAUGACACUGUCCAGAGGACUUCAGGGUCACCAAGCUGCUGCGCCUGCCAUUGGCUGACUCUCCCUGGCUAUCUGUGGCUGAGAUGGUGCUGCUCAGGUCACGCAGAGCAUGAGCUGCUGCUGAAAGGGCACAGGAGAUGGCCCUUGGGCUUCUCAUCCCAGGAUGCCUGCCCUGCCCACCAAUCCAUGAGAAGAUAUGUAUGAUUUCAGUAGGCCCUGGAUCAGCUUGUCACCUCUGAUUUCCUGUUGCUUUCCACUCACUCAGCUGGAGUUUCAUUUCCAGACUAAAGUCUUCAUCACUGACUUCAGAAACAGCAUUCAUCUGUGGCUGUGCUGAUGUAGUACACCAAAAACAACUGGGGUCUUCUCUGUCACUUUCAGUGGGCUACUUUUCCUCACUUCUCCAAGCAGCGUGAAAGAGUUCUUUACAUUUUUAAUCUCUUUUUUGUUUUUCCCUGAAAGUAUGCUUUGGUGCUUAAAGAGAGAAGUCACAAAUGUAUACUACUGAGUUUCCUGGAGAUGAAAUCCUGUUAUCCCUAGCUACGUGGAUGAGCACAGGAAUCCCUGAUGCCAUUAUUUCGUAUACUUACAUGGCACACACUUACUGAGGGCCUUCUGUGUGCUCUAGGGGAUUGAGCACAGUGACAUAUCAGGGCAGGUAGAAACAGAUGGAGAGCUGAUGCGGGCUCUCUUAGAGCAGCUGCCCCAGGAGGCCCCUGUGGAUGGAUGUUGGGCAGGAGCCCUGAGACGUUAGGGGCAUAUAACUAAAGGACAUAGCAGGAGUUAUAGGAGGAGCUGAUCCCUGAGGGAAACAACGUAGAGGGAGAAGAUGGGGCUAAAGUUUGAAUUGUGGGGACAUUAAUCACAGUGAUUCUUAAAACUUUGCUGUUGAUGAUUUUAAAUGGAGAAAAUGAGUACAUAAGAUGUUAUUUCCCAGUUCAGUAUAUUGGUUACCCACAAGAGUAUUUUCCUACCACGAAUGGUCAUAUAUACUUGUUGUAGAAUACCAGGGACAGCAGAGAUGGUGGGGUGGUUACUUCCUUUUCUUACAGCCCAAGAACUUUGGUGUCCAGGAAAUUGACCAAUUUAGCCGCUGAACAUUUAAUACAACACAGGGCUAUCCAGAUCCCACUGUCCUGAUUUGCCCUGAAAGCCAAAGGAGUUAGGAGAAGGUGAGUGGGGAGAAUAUAUUAAUCCUGAGAGUUGAACAGAGCAAAAAUCCCUAUUACUUUUGUACUUAAAACAUCUCUGCCUCAUGUGCUCACUAUAUUCUAUUUAGGUGGUUUAUAUGUGCACAUCCCAUCCUAUGCCUGCAGUUAGCCAACUCAGGGUUUAUAUUGCCUCCUUUCUUUUUUUCUUUUCUUUUUUUUUUUUUUUUAAGAGAUGGGGUCUCAUUCUGUCAUGCAGACUGGAGUGCGGUGGUGUGAUCACAGCUCAUUGUAACCUCCAACUCCUGGACUCAAGUGAUCCUCCCACUUUGGCUUCUCUGGCAGCUGGGACUACAGGUGCAUGUCACCACACCCAUCUAAUUUUUUUUAUUUUUAUUUUUUGUAGAGACAGUCUCACUAUCUUGCUCAGGCUGGUCUUGAACUCCUGGGCUCAAGUUAUCCUGCUGCCUCAGCCUCCCAUGGGUAGUUUUUAUUUCCUUUUUUUUUUUUUGGAGAUGGAGUUUUGCUCUUGUCGCCCAGGCUGGAGUGCAAUGGCACGAUCUCGGCUCACUGCGGUCUCCACCUCCUGGGUUCAAGUGAUUCUCCAACCUCAGCCUCCUGAGUAGCUGAGAUUACAGGCACCUGCCACCAUGCACAGCUAAUUUUUGUAUUUUUUUAGUAAGAGACGGGGUUUCACCAUGUUGGCCAGACUAGCCUUGAACUCCUGACCUCAAGUGAUCUGCCUGCCUUGGCCUCCCAAAGUGCUGGGAUUACAGGCAUAAGCCACUGUGCCUCGCCGCUGAUUUUUAUUUCUUAUUUUUUUUUAGAGAUGGGGGUCUCACUAUGUUGCCCAGGCUGAUCUCAAACUCCUGGCCUCAAGUGAUCCUCCCACCUUAGCCUCCCAAGUUGCUGGGAUUAUAAGUGUGAGCCACUAUCCCUACCUCACUAUUACCUUCUUUGCUUCUCUUGUUUUCUUUUGUUCUAAGUCAAACCCAUCACAAUCUUUUCUUGUCCUUCCAGGUGUUUCCAGUGUUGUGCCCUGGAUGUGCUCUCUUUCACUUAGAGCCCAGAGAACUUGCUUUUCCCCCUUAUAUGACCCUUAACUUUUUCUAACACAUGAUUAAGGGCCUGGGUCUAUCAGCUGGGGGCACUUCUUGAAGGGAGGGUCUUUGUGUGGUCUGUUUCUAGUGACUUCCAGCUUUAACCCAGAGCCUCAUGAUUGCUGGGUGCCCAUAGCCUUUUUGCUGAAUGGAGGCACUCAGUCUCCUUGGGAAGAGAGAAUCCAUGAUAGACCCACUUGGGAGCUCUCCACUUCAGGGGCCUGCCCACUAUUAAUGCAACAGAAUGCCCGAGAGUGACCUCAUAAAGCAAGGAUUCCCUUCGUGGCCCCUUCUCUGCUGCCUGUCAGAAUCCAGACGCUAAGGAAAAUCCCUAAGCAGAGAUUUUCUGUUGGAUGCUAAAAGCAAGGAAUAAAAGUUGAAAAUUUGGAAAAUGUCUCAACGCCGUCACCAGCGCCACUCGAGAGUCAUUUCUAGUUCAGCAGUUGAUACUACAUCGGUGGGAUUUUGCCCAACAUUCAAGAAAUUUAAGAGGAACAAUGAUGAGUGUCGGGCAUUUGUGAAGAGAGUCAUAAUGAGCCGUUUCUUUAAGAUAAUUAUGAUUAGCACUGUCACAUCGAAUGCCUUUUUUAUGGCCUUGUGGACCAGUUAUGACAUAAGAUACCGCUUGUUCAGACUUCUUGAGUUCUCGGAGAUCUUCUUUGUGUCCAUCUGCACAUCUGAGUUGUCCAUGAAGGUCUAUGUGGACCCCAUCAACUACUGGAAGAAUGGCUACAACCUGCUGGAUGUGAUCAUUAUCAUCAUUAUGUUUUUCCCCUAUGCCGUCCGCCAGCUCAUGGGCAAACAGUUCAGUUACCUGUAUAUCGCUGAUGGCCUGCAGUCCCUGCGCAUCCUCAAGCUUAUCGGCUAUAGCCGGGGCAUCCGGACGCUGAUCACCGCCGUGGGGCAGACAGUCUACACCGUGGCCUCUGUGCUCCUCCUGCUCUUCCUCCUCAUGUACAUCUUCGCUAUCUUGGGCUUCUGCCUGUUUGGAUCUCCAGACAAGGGUGACCAUGAUAACUGGGGGAACCUGGCUGCGGCUUUUUUCACUCUCUUCAGCUUGGCCACGGUCGAUGGCUGGACAGACCUGCAGAAGCAGUUGGACAAUCGGGAAUUUGCUUUGAGCCGGGCAUUCACCAUCAUCUUCAUCUUGUUUGCUUCUUUCGUCUUCCUCAACAUGUUCGUGGGUGUGAUGAUCAUGCACACAGAGGACUCCAUCAAAAAGUUUGAGCGAGAGCUGAUGUUGGAGCAGCAGGAGAUGCUCAUGGGAGAGAAGCAGGUGAUUCUGCAGCGGCAGCAGGAGGAGAUCAGCAGGCUGAUGCACAUACAGACAAAUGCUGACUGCAGAAGUUUCAGUGAGCUGGUGGAGAACUUUAAGAAGACCUUGCGCCACACUGACCCCAUGGUCUUGGAUGAUUUUGGCACUAGCCUACCCUUCAUCGAUAUCUACUUUUCCACUCUGGACUACCAGGACACAACUGUCCACAAGCUUCAAGAGCUGUACUAUGAGAUCGUGCAUGUGCUGAGCCUAAUGCUAGAAGACUUGCCCCAAGAGAAGCCCCAGUCCUUGGAAAAGGUGGAUGAGAAGUAGCUGGGCAUGGGGGCACCCAUGUACCGAGAGCCUUGCAGACUGUGACAGGUCCCUAUUAAACACAGGCUUUCUGA